GGCAGCGCAAAGGGACGGGGCGAGGCGCGCAAAGAAGCUCUUAGUAUGCGCUGCGAUGCCCAACUGCAGCCCACGCAUCUGUACUACGGUGAAUUAUGGUGAAAUAUGAGAGACGUGGGAAGAGCCGGCAGCUCAGAAACAGUUGGUCGUGAUGAGAUGACACAGCCGCUGGAUAGAUUAGUCAAAUGAGGGAAGAGGGACAGAUAUGAAGGAAUGGACUCACGACCUCAAGGCACCUUUUAAGAGGAGACAAACUGGAUAAAAAAUACAUGCGUCUGCACACCAAGAGAAUCAGGGUGAAUUCCUGCAUGCCAUUAUCUGAAAUAAUGCUAUAGUCAGACAGAUAAUGCUAUGCUGCUUUGUUUAGUGCAUGGAAGUCUGUUGUGGCUGUCCGCGAUCCACUCAGGAGAGGGCUGUAAAUGGCUUGAGCAUGUCUGGCACCUGCCACUCCAAACUAACUCACCCGCGCUUGCCAAUCAACUACAACACUUGCCAUUUAACGUUAUAUCCCAGUGCAUGAACUUGGCUGCUCUGUCUGAAAUUUAUUGACAACAACAGUUGUCCACCUAUUACAAACGCCAUCAGAGGACUGCGUUAUUCCAUGGAAUGGGUUGUGAACAUAAGCCUCCAUUUGUUACUAAUGUGCAUCAUUGGUGUGUUCAUAUGGAUAUUCCCCAUCAGAAAAAAGAUGGUGGAAUUACGCGGAGAUAAAUUAGGAAAUAACGUUUGCGCCGAGAUGCAGAAACCUUCGGGCGGAAUACGGACCUGUUUGGGGAUCAAACAGGUGAUUUCGCCUUAGACGAAAUCCGCCGAAGCGACGCAUGGGUGCUUCCGAGUAGAAAUACUGACAGCAUCGCCGCCUCCCGCAACCUCCUUUCCUCCUUAAGUCUCCGCAGAUUUCAGACUAGAGGAUUACCUUUGCUGCUGUGUGACAGGCGGUGGCAUAUUGUUCUGAAGUGGUGGAGGGGGCUGGGAGGGAGGGGGGCGUCAAAUGUUGCUGAUGCCAGCUUUUUAAGAUUUGUUUAACAAAAAUCCCUGUUCCACCACCACCAGCAGCAGCAGCAGCAGCAGCAACAGCUUCAACCUGUAGCCAUAGCUGCAUCACAACAUGUAUCUGCUGGUGACUGAGGCAAGGGAGGUAACUCCUGCAUCCUCACGCCUUGUCCCCUCUCUCACUCCCACUGCUGCGUUGCUGCAGAGCCGGAGCUUCUGGUGAUAUAUGGCUGACAGAAAGGAGCUGCUUUGACCGUGGAGGGACUGACUUUGGACCGGACACACCUGCUUCGCCCAGUUUACACAUUCCCACUAUAGAAGACAGACUGUAAACGCGCCUCAUAAGUGCCAGUGACAAUAGCUCCUCACUGCCUGCACCUGAACCCACGAGUGUGGGGAGUCUUUAUCCUCCCUUGGCCCUACGUGGCCCCACCCUCUCUGAAAGCUGCAGGUCCCAUCUCCCUCCAGCAUGACGGUUGCUACCAGCGACCCUGCAGACGAAGCAGCAGCACAUCCGGGUCAGCCUCACGACCAGUAUGACCCAGAUCCGGAUCAUGAGUGCUGCGAGAGGGUGGUCAUCAACAUCUCAGGCUUGCGCUUUGAGACGCAGCUCAAGACUCUCUCCCAGUUUCCAGAGACACUACUGGGUGAUCCCAAAAAAAGGAUGAGGUAUUUUGAUCCCCUCCGGAACGAGUACUUCUUUGACCGGAAUCGCCCGAGUUUUGAUGCCAUUCUGUAUUACUACCAAUCAGGAGGAAGGCUGCGCCGGCCUGUUAAUGUAACCCUGGAUAUUUUUUCUGAGGAGAUCCGGUUUUAUGAAUUAGGUGAGGAGGCUAUGGAAAUCUUCAGGGAGGAUGAAGGCUUCAUAAAGGAAGAGGAGCGGCCUCUGCCAGAGAAUGAAUUUCAGAGACAAGUUUGGCUGCUGUUUGAGUAUCCGGAGAGCUCAGGUCCCGCUCGCAUCAUCGCCAUCAUCUCUGUCAUGGUGAUCCUUAUCUCUAUUGUCAGCUUCUGUCUAGAGACACUGCCAGUUUUCCGAAAUGAAGACGAGGAGAUGUAUAAAUAUUCGUCCCAGUCUAUGUACAACACCACCUCUACCUCUGACGGCUCGACAUAUUUUACGGAUCCCUUCUUCAUCGUGGAGACCCUCUGUAUUAUCUGGUUCUCUUUUGAGUUCCUGGUUAGGUUCUUUGCCUGUCCCAGUAAAGCUGGAUUUUUUGGCAACAUCAUGAAUAUCAUUGAUAUUGUGGCAAUCAUCCCCUACUUCAUCACGCUGGGCACAGAGCUAGCAGAGAGGCCAGAGGACAGCCAGGCAGGCCAGCAGGCUAUGUCUUUGGCUAUUCUCCGUGUCAUUCGUCUAGUCAGGGUGUUUCGUAUAUUCAAACUCUCACGUCAUUCCAAGGGGCUCCAGAUCUUGGGGCAGACUCUGAAGGCCAGCAUGCGUGAGCUGGGCCUCCUCAUCUUCUUCCUGUUUAUCGGUGUGAUCCUCUUCUCCAGUGCCGUCUACUUCGCAGAAGCAGACGAGCCACAUUCCCAGUUCAGCAGCAUCCCUGAGGCCUUUUGGUGGGCAGUGGUUUCCAUGACCACCGUAGGCUACGGAGACAUGGUCCCGACGACCAUUGGAGGAAAGAUUGUGGGGUCUCUGUGCGCGAUCGCUGGUGUGCUGACUAUUGCCCUGCCUGUUCCUGUCAUCGUAUCAAACUUCAACUACUUCUACCACAGAGAGACGGAGGGCGAGGAGCAGGCGCAGUAUCUGAAUAUCCCAAGUGUGCCUAAAGCCAGCUCAGCUGAUGACCUGAAGAAGAGUGGUCGGAGCGGCAGCGGAUCCACUCUCAGUAAAUCUGACUAUGUGGAGAUCCAGGAGGCUGUGAACCACAGCACUGAGGACUUCAGACCAGAGGGCAUGAAAACAGGAAACUGCACCCUGGCCAACACUAACUAUGUAAAUAUCACUAAGAUGCGCACAGAUGUAUAAUGCGAGCUACUGUAGAUGGUUAACUUCAGCUGGGGUCUGCAGGGACUGUUACAGUGAAUGAAGGCGUGACUCCCUGUAUUGACCAACGUAUGGCGCCCGGUAUGGGAGUCCAGAGGCAGAUGAGUGAGAUCAACGUGGAGAAAAGGUCAGUCGACAGGACCACAUAUUCUCCCACAUCCUACGGACCUAUCAUUGCAUAUCAUAGAACUGCCCCCUGUCUUAUUUAGGACGUUGUCAGUGUCUGCAUGGAGUUAGUCUUACUUAUGUGACAGUAGUCGUCCUGCUCGCAACAGUAGCCAAAUAGUAGCCUAACCAGUAAUAAUCAAUAUUAACAGUGUAAAGGGACCACAAGUUUCUACCUUCUUGCUCAAGCUGCCGUCGGGAGAAGAUGCACGAUGACAACAACUUCAAUCAGCGUAACCUUAAUUUUUCAGUGUAACUUCACGUAUGAACGAUUGAAAACAGGGCACAAUAUCAGCAUUCAUGAGCUACUUUAACCUGCUGCUCUAACUGCCAAGGUCCUGAGAAACAAAAUCACCAAGAUCACAGCUGUUCUGUCAGGUGGGGGGUGGGGGGGGGGGGUCUUUUCUUGCUUUUUCUGUGAGAGAGAAAGCUGGAGUGCACUAGCUUUACUCCCUCGGCCCUCACUAGAUAUUGUCUAGUGCAAGCUAGUGGCCUAUGUAGAGACCUACAGAUAAUGACAAUGCUGUUCUGUAAUUCUGGACCACAAUAGCAAAGCACCUCCUUUGUCCUGCCAUAUUUCCUUCUCUGGUGAAGCUCAAGUGGAUUUAUCAUAUGUAAACAGUCUCCAAGACUCUGCCUUUUUUCCAGCCAAAGCAGGCUAACAGGUGGACAGAAGAAAUGUCUCUCCAAACAAAGUGAAUGUCUUAUUUAUUGUUGUGUGUUCAUUUGACUUGUUGUAAUGUAUGAUUUUUUAUUUUUUUUUUUAGUAAUGAUGAUGAAUGUGUGCUUCUUACAUAUAUUUUUUAUGGUUAAUGUGGAAAGAAAGACUGUGAACAUUUUCUCUGUAGUGUUCUGAGUGAGUGCCUAUUCCUCCAUCCUCUUAACUAUACCUUCAAGUGUCUCUUUAGCUGUCAUCUGCUCCACUGUAACAGUGAGUACUGUUUCGUUUGACCCCACUGCCCAGCAUAAAUGUUGCUGUUUUUGACUUCAUAGCAUUCCAUGUUUGUAGAAAUACAUCAAAUGAGAUUAAGUGAGAGAUUUAGUAACAAAACCUGGGUGAGAUUUUCGUUUGUUGUUUUUGUCAGGUGCUAAUUUCAGCACAGUUUAACAUUUACUGCAGCAAAGCGAACUAGUUUGAUGUACAAUCCAUUAAGGCUUUUGUUAACCCUAAAAGUUUUAAAUGACCAAACACCCCAAAUUAAAGAAAGACCUCGAUGAUCGACUAAAAUAAAUCUCUGAGAUCUUUAAAGUCCAUCUGUUUUCAUACCAGCAAUGCCAACUACUCUAAGCUUGCAUAUGAUAUCCAGAAGUUCAUUAGCAAUACUAAAAUUGAUUGAUCUUACCUAAUCAAAUUGAUAAAUCAUUUUUAUCCUCUCAUGCUCUCCAGACCAUAUAUUUCUCCCUUUCAAUACAUCAAAAUUAGUAAACUUUGCCUGCCUCUGGAACAAGUUAGAAACAACGAAAAUGUUUCUUUCAGUGAUUUUACUGUUAGAUUUUACAGUGGUUAUGUGUUGCUAUUUCAAUUAUCAGGUAACCAAAGAAGAAUGUGCUGCCACCUGGAACAUUAUCAUAUUUCUUGAAUUAGAUUUAUUUUGUCUCAGAACUUCUUUUUUUUUUACCCAUGUAGAUUCAAGAGUCAUUCCAUUGGUGCAUUUUGCCCACAUAAUGCAGGACCUAGAGUAUGUGUCCUUUAUUAGAUGUUAUUCUGCUACUGUAGAGCUGCAUGUUCUCUGAAGUGUUCACUGUAGCAUGCAUUAGUAUGGAUAAUACUCAAAAGGCAAAUUUACUUCAAUAUAUUCCUAUAUUUCUAGAGAUGCUGGCGCUAUGUGCAAUAUAUGAAAGACAAGUGUCUUGGUUUAAGAAGUGUGAGCGAUGCUUUGCAUAUGCAUCAUUUUUGCCAUUUGCUAUUUAAAAUAUUGUUAAAUCCAAGUGAAGUGAAAGAGAGCGAGAGCGACAGGAAGAGAGAGAGAGAGAGAGCUGUGUUUCCAUGAGAAGAUUCGUUAACUUUCUCUGUGUGGAGGAUCGAGAAAAUGACAGCAGGUUAAACAUGAGAGGAAAGAGGGGAGGUUUGAUUGGUUUAAAAAAAUACAGCAAGGUGACAUGAGAGUCCACAACGGGGGACUUCUAAACCUACAGAACACUCCACAGUUCAGACAUUAACUAAUGCGCCGCUCCCCUCAGCUUUAUUGUCUUUAUAGACUGUCGCAAGUCACAACCCAGUAACUGUAUCUCAAAGUGAAAGCACAACAACAGCUACUAUCUGCCUCUAGCCCGGUGGAUGCAGACAGAUCCAAAACAGUUGGUUAGUCCGACUUUUUACUCAGCCAAGUGUAUCAUAAUGCUCCGAGGGACUGUCGGAGUGCCCCCUAUCUCUGACAUAUAGAUCCAUCAUGCUCAGUGUGUUGUGUUGUCUGUGCAUGUGUGUGUGUGUGUGUGUGUGUUUGUGUGUGAGUGAGAGAUAGAGAGAGAGAGAGAGCGAGAGAAAGAGAGUGAGAGAGAGACAAAGCGACUGUGAGAGAAAUAGAGAGCUUUUUAGAUACAAGCUGAGCGUGUAGCUUUUAGAGACAAUAUGGUAGCAGUUAUCUAAAACACUGCUCUUCUUGACUCCAGGCCAGAGCGACUGUGGUGCUCUGUAUAUUCUAUUCCAUCUUAGCACACUGUUUACAGACUGUGUAUAUACUGAACACAUGCAUGUGGGUAUAUAAUACACAUAAAACUGAAAGGAAUGUCUUGCAGUAGAGAUGAGAUCUAGGAGCAUGUGAUUGAUAGAUUGAGAUAAGCUGCAGUAUCAGCAAGAGCUGAUACUGGGAAUUGAGGAGAGGAGAGAUUGGGAAGGAAAAUAUUAUAAUGAACGUAAGAUCAACACUGCCCACACCCUGUGCUUUUUACUCUGAUAUAUACUUGUAUUUCUCUACACUGUACUGGAACACCUAUGUGACUUUAUGUGACCUAUAAGCUUCGUCUGGACUGCCGUCUCUUCCACUCUUGUUACCAAGUGCGCAAUUGAAGUGACACUCGUCAAGACGGAGACACUCUCGUGGAAACCAACAAGACGGCACAUCCGGAUCUGAACCAAGGAAAACACAUCUUUGCUCUUCUUCUUCUUCUUCUUCUUACUUCACAACACAAACAAAAGGACACUUGACACACACACACACACACAUGCCGGACAUUUGAAUACAUACAGCCAGUGCACACACGUGUUUGUGGUGACGUCUGCUGUCAGGUCGGACGCACAGCUGUGGUUUUAUUCAACUUCGAGGACAUAAACUGAAUGGACUUAAACCCACUGCUGGUGGUGAACACACAUAGCCAUGUAAACAAUGUAUCUAACAGUUACAGCUGCUUUCAAUGAUGUCUUAAAAAUGCCUAAAGCUUCAGCUUUAAAAUGAGCUUCUGCCAUGUACAGAUUCCUGUGUAGCAGGGAAUCAAAGUGUAUGCUUGCUGAACUAAUCCAAGAAACUAAAGUUGUAUAGUAAGUGAAUUAUCUCCUAUGUUUAGUAUGCUCUAGGGACAAAGGAUGGAAGUAUAUUAACAACAAUCAAAAAGGAAAUAUGAUUUCAGUGAUAACUUCAAUUCAUUUGUGUCAUCAGACAUUGUGCAAUUGAUCUUUUUGUUUGUUUUGUUUUCACAAUGUUUUUGUAUUUGAAUGGGUUGAGGUUUAACUGAAAUACAGAUGCAGGCCGUGGUCAAAUAGAUUCUUUCUGCACUGUCCUAAUACAUAUUUACCCCCAGCCAACAACUCCCACUUUCUUCUACUUCCUCUGCCUUCUUCAACUAUUCGCCGGUCAGAAAUGUGUUUGAUUGAGAUUCAGAUAAUCCUCAGCUCCUUCACUCUAUUAUCUUCUUGUGGUGGAUUCUGCUCAGCUCUCUGUAUAAAACCUGAUUUGUUUAUUUCUUUUUCUACCAUUGUAAGGAAAAGACUGAUCCAAGAUGCAAACUGUCCACUGAUACACACAAAGGAAAUAUGGAUCUGGACGCUUGCCAUGCCCUUCACAAGGGCAUACGAUGAAUAUAAACUGAUUAAAAGAAAAUAUCUAGAAAGAGAUACUUUCAUCAUUCAAAAUAACUGUAAAUCAAAACUAUUAUGAAUACUAAUAAUGGUCUCAUGAUUAUAUCAAUAAUAACAUCUUUACAAUAACCUCAA